AUGCGCCUUACGUCUGCUCCGUAUGCCCCAGUCGAUUCACUAGAAGUUCAUGAAAAUGAUGUGGAUGAUUAUGAAAAUGCCACAAGAGGCACUUCUCGUGGAUUGAACCGAGCUGAACGUGUCCCGGACGCCCCUGCAAAACGUACGCGACAAAUUUCGGAUAGUGAAAAUGCGGGACCCAGGGCGCUAGCAGAAGAAAUCUCCCCCGCAAAAAAUACUUCAUCAAAUCCCCAGGAAGCAACUCAUGAGCAACCCCCCAAUACUGAAUCACUGUUGUUUGAAUUCGCUGCAAGCCCACUUGCCCCAAACGUGCAAAAUGUACCAGACUGGGAUUUGCAUUGCCCCUUCUAUGGCGAAGGGCUACAACCUGAUGUCAACCUUGACUGGACUUUGGACUUUUUGUCCAAUGGUAUAUCCACACAUAGUCCUCUGGAUUCAAUCAACGGUCGCGAAGGAAUGAUGGCUCCGACCGCAUUGGCUAAUUCAGAGCCCACUCAAGAUCGCCGCCAUGAUCAGCUUCAGCGCGGUGCUGAUUUCACACAACAGGAGUCUCAAGAAUGGCUUGAUCAAGGGCAUGAGCAUGUUAGCCCCGAAGCUCAAGGACCAGCAUGCGAAAGUCUAGGACGAACUGCAUACGUUGAGAUACACGAGCGUGAUGUCUUCAUUGGAAAAUCAGCGACUCUUCUUAUGAAAAGACAACUCUCCGAGAAUAGCUACAAGUCCAUGGUGGAGACUGUCACUGCGCCUCUACUUGAUGAGAUUUGUAGCGAAAAAGGCAAGCGCCCACAUUCAUUCCCAGCGAUAUCAACAAUCGUCUACUUUUUGGGCCUGUUUUUUGUUCACGUACAGCCUCGAUUCCCAGUAUUGCACGUGCCGACGUUCGAUCCUAAUGAAUGUUCGCCGAAUCUCCUGCUAGCGAUGGCAAUUUCAGGAUCUAGCUACUCUGAGUCAAACCAGGGGAAAUUCACUUCGGCGUAUCUCAAAAGAGUACGAAUGGCGAUCAGAUUAAUGCAGGAAAGAGACCAGAGCUAUGUGAGACUUCUCCGCUCUAGUUAUUGUCUAGAUACUGACUGUUUUAUUCCUUUUCAGUUACGAUCAUCAUCAAAUCUUUUCGCACUAUUCUUGGUAUCACUAUCCGCCAUGUGGGUUGGUCAAAAGGCGGCAUAUGAACGUGCCGAGGGUGACCGUGGUGACCUGGCUGUUUAUUGCCGACGUGCUCAGCUACUAGAUUGCCGACCAAAACAUAUGAGAGCAUCUCAGAGUCCUUUAAGAUCCAACCGGAACCGAUUGGAGGAGCAAUGGAAGGAGUGGAUCAACGACGAACAGAAGAAACGCCUAGGACUCUGCAUAUACUUACUUGAUUGUCAAGUUGUGGCUGUGUACCAGCGCCAGCCUUACAUAGGCAAAGCUGAGACUGUGAAUUCUGCAUUGCCAUGCUCAGAAACCUUCUGGAGCGCACCAACAGCCUGGGCAUGGAAGUCUUUACUCGGGCCAGCUGACAUCCCCCCGAGUAUCUAUUAUCUAACCACCCUCACCUCUAUCUUGUUGUAUAACGAAAUUCCUGAUGUUCUACCGUUCCCACCGCUGGACAACUUUUGCAAGACUCUUUAUGCUUACGUCUUGCACUCGCAUGUUUUUGAGUGGAGACAGACCAUUUGCAUGCUCAAUCCAACUGGGCUUCUUACUUCUCCUCUAUCACUGGCACCGCAGAAUAUUGGAAAUUCCUUACUCGAGCGUCGGGAAUGGCUAGAAGCCUGUCUACGAAACUGGGACACAUUUUAUGGAGUUCAAAAUAGAGCCGAGCCGGUCAAUACUAGCUCGAAGAACUCAGCUGGAAUUCUCCUCCAUCAUCUGGCAGUUCUGGCGCUUCAUCUAAACUUUUCAGAUCUACAUGUUGUUGCUGGUAGAGCUGGCUCGGAUGCUGAUAUAAUAUUAGCUGAGCAGUCUUUGCAGAAUUGGUUGCAGGAGGAGAAAGCCCAGAAGAUCUUUGAUUACAAUAGUCUAAUGCUUAACGCGGCGCACGAUGCAAUUGCAGCCGGUGAUGCGCAGCGGAGUGGAUUCGAGUUGGCCAUCUGUCUGUUCAUCGGUGGACUCACCAGCUGGGCAAUGUUCCGGUUCGCAAGCUUCGAUCCAACGUUGACCGGAUUUCCCAACCAGAAAUAUGGUAGCAGCGACAGUCGUAAUCGGCAUCCGGAAGAUACUGUCUAUCUCCCUGAAGAGACAGCCAAAAAUUCACUCAUGGCCCAGGUUGCAGAUGCUUGCAAUGGCUUACGUGUCUUGAAAUGCCUUCGCCUCGCUUUGGUAUUUGGAAAUACUCUCGAACGGCUCUUGAGUGAGCCCGUUCGGUAG